AUGAGCUAUUUGAAGGCGGAACUCCUUACGAAAGAUAUAGGAGAAUAUGAUGAAUACGAUUAUUGGGAAGAAUUUUACAGAAAGGAAGACUAUCAUGAAGUGCCAACCGAGAAGCUCACAAAAGAAGUUGGAACUGAGGAAAAUACAACAAUUUCUGAAGUUAAGAUUGGAGUAGUGCCAAUUCCGUCUCAAAGGAAUGAUAUACAAAGCGAUCAUGUCGCGACGAAAUCGUCGUCAAAUCACAUCCCGGAAAAUGUGAAAAAGAUUGAAAGCAAAGAAAAAAAGAAGUCGAUUAUUCAAGCAAUUCCAAAAGUUACGUCUAAAAACAGGACUUCAAAGUCAAGUGUUCGUCGUCGAAAUUCACUUAUGAAAGAAGUGAGCGCGAAAUCGGAGAAGAAGGCGAAUUCGAUUCAUAAGACAGUUAAACUACCACUACCUCCAAAAGAUUUUCACGAGCAAGCAAUUCGCGAACUUGAUGAAGAACUCAAUGAUUCAAUUAUUGGGGAACCGAGAAGUCGUUUGGAAAAAUAG